AUGCAUUUUCAGAAGCCGUCUGUAAGUCAAGGUGACUCUGUUUCGGCCCCACUUCUGCUGUGCAAACGGGCUCUGCAGUCGCGCAUAUAUCAACAACUCACUCUCUCACCACAACACCAACCUCACAAGCUCCACAUACACGCCCACAUCAUCAUAAGCUCUACAUACACAAUAACAUCUUCUCAUACUCCUAACAUGUCUACACCUGUUGCAGGAAAGGGCCUUGCACAUCAGCGAAGGGCGCAGCAGGCGCGUCAGCAGCCCGUCUACAUCUCGGGUGUGAAAGGCCAGCACUCCCUGGAGGUUGGUGUCGCGUACUUUUAUCGCGGGCACCACAUCUACUCGGCCGCUGCGGCCAACCCCAUCGACCCGAUACCUUUCUCCACUAGGAGGGGGAUCUCAGUCGUGGGUGUUGCCCAGCACCUGGCGCCGCCGUAUGCACCACAGGCCGCUGACUUGGUGCCAGAGGCGUCAAUCAGAGCACUUCACUAUAGUUACCGGCACGCACUGAAAAAGCUGGAGGAGGGGUUGAAGGCGGCGGCGGCAGAUACGCUUCAAGAAGAAGCAGAGAAGAAGAAGAGUGGCGGCAAGAUGCCAGUCCUGGGCACUGUCACUGCCCUAGACGACACCAGCUUCACUCCCCACGACCGCGCGCAGUAUCUCGCUGCCUCCGCCCCUGGGUCCGGCCAGUGGCCUCCUUUGCCCUGUCGUCAGCGCUUCGCGACUGUCCAAGAUGCUGGCUGGCCAUGGCCUCAGACGGGCCGUGAGCCCAUUGAACACCAAUGUUCCGAGUCCGACUCCAGACGUGGACGAGCACGUGGGAAUCUCGCUCCAAGCGCUCAGCAGGGGGGGAGCGAGACCAAGUCUCGUCGCCCGUCCACCGACAAUAGCCCACGGGCUACGAAUUUCCUUUCCUUCGGCAACCCCUCCAGGCCCUACAACAUCUUCUCCUCCGCCCAAGCCUCCAGGGCACAGACUCCCUUCCCCAACUUCUCCCCCAGUCCCUCUCCCAGUCCCACUCUUCUCUACCUCCCUGGCCUCGGCCAAACAACCCCCCAGAACUUCCCCACCACUACAACAUCCACCCGCCACCGACGUGGCUCCUCCAUCGCCCGGCCCCGUGCUGCCUCCAUUGCCCUCAAUAACGCCUACAACGCCGCUAACCCCCACCGUCCCACACCCACCCUCGACUCCUGCCCCGAGCGCCCUACCUCCACUGCGGCGGCUCCCAAAGACACAGCCAGUAGCAACAUCGCCGCCACAGAGUCCACGGACUUCGAAGAAGAAGUCCAGAAGUGCGCACUUCAUGGCGAUGAGUGCGAUGGCGAGACAGUUACGAGUGUCCACCAGACGGAGCAGGCGAGGCGUGAGAGGGGGUUUCAAGACGUCUAUCCCACGAUCACGGUCGGCGGGCGAACGAUGAUUGACUGGGUUGAGGUAAUGAGGAUGGAGAAGGAGAGGAUGAUGGGGCAGUAG